GCUGUCACAAGUGGCAAUUUCAUGAAGCUCCGUGAAAUAACCUAAUUAUUUUCUUUUCUAUUAUUUAAUUAUUUUCCCUUAUUGUAUCUGUUUAAAUUUUACAUAAAUUGUUUCUCAAAGUGCCGAUGUUGAUAAAUAGUUAGUUCGCCAAGUGCAAGGUGAGUGAGGAGGUGGAGAAAAACGAUGUGAAAUUCGCACAAAUUAUCCGUAUGAGUGUAGGAAAUAUUGUUCGCAAUGAAAUCUCCGUCGAUACCACGAGAGCUUCGUAAUUCUUUAGCUGUUUAUUGUUGCUUCCGUAUUGCUAAUCUCACCAUGUUUACACGAACGGUGUUUCAAAAUCCGGCGAUUUGAGUGUGCCGGAAGAGAAUGGAGUUUAGGAGUAAGAGGACGAACCAGAAGGAUUCUUUUUACCAUGAAGCCUCAUUAUCGUCAAUUUUCGCUAAAUUGACAUUAACAGGCCUUUUUCUAAUUGCCUUCUGAGAGGAAAUUAGGUGCAAAUUUUAUUGCUUCCAAAACGUCCGCCAUAUAUUUGGGGUGUUGUGUAACGAAAGUUGGGGUGACAAAAAAUUGUUUGUUGGUGAAAGAAAAAGAACUUUCGUUGCUUAGUAAUUAAAAUUUCAUAUUAGAAUUAUUUAAAGAAAAAAAUUGUUAGAGGCGUUUUCUGACACACGUGUGUAACGUUAAUUGUAUAUGAAUUAUACUCAAAAUAAUAAUUAAAUAAGGAUUGACGCAAUUGGGUAUGAGUGUACCCCCUGUGGAGAAAUUUGAUGGCUACGAAUGCAGUGGACCCAGACCACCAGUUCCUGGCGGAGAGUGUCGGCCUCACAAGAUGACUGAAGGUCUUCCAGGACCAUCACAGGAAUCCUCGUCGCCACCAUACUUGAAAUGGGCCCGCACACUUUCGAGCCUCCUUGAGGAUAGCGAUGGGGUUGAAUUAUUUAGGCGCUAUGUAGAGACAGAGGGUGGUGUUCAUGCGGAUCGUCUCAAUUUUUAUUUUGCCUGCGAAGGUCUCAAAAAGCAAACAGAUCCGGAAAAAAUUAAACGACUGAUAAUUGCAAUUUAUCGAUUUUUACGGAAAAGUCUCCUCAAAAUUCCCGAAAAUGUCGAAAAUCUCGUGAAAGCGGCUAGACACAAUAAAAUUCAACUUGGUGCCAAUAUUUAUGAUCAAAUGCAAAAAGAUGUUGAGCGGGCAAUCAACGAAUCCACCUACCUGCACUUCCUCAAGUCCGAAAUUUAUUUGGAACAUGUUAGAGUUAUGACAAGUACCGGCGGUACGAGCGCACAGCCAAUACCUUCGGCCUCAAGUAGUUCUGGUGGAUCUGAACAACUUACACGAAGCUUCACCCUUCCCACGCUUCAUGAGGACAGUGAAUUAACUCUCGGUGAGGCGUCCUGUGCGAGUGGUUCACAAAUUGGGAGUCGAACUCCUGCAGAUGUGCCAAUGAGACUAACGCGUGAUGCUCUGCUAGCUACGGAGCAGCGACGUCUCGAAAUUCGUCCAUCAGGAGCGUUUGGAUAUCGCACGUACACCAACAAUUGCGACUCAUUCUACCCUGUGUCGCUUCAAGAUUCUGAAAUACAAAGCUUUAGUUCGGGACAAACGGAUUCCGAUACAGCGUCAAUUUCCACCUCAAUGGAUGGUAGAGCCUAUUCCCAGCGACGGCAGAGUUCCAUGGAGAAUCGAGCCAUUAGACAAAAUGCCCUUACGAAUAAAGAAGUUGACUCAAUACCGAUUAUUCCAAGAACACAUCGAAUGCAUAGCAAUAAACAUUAUGGAAUGAAACCAGAAGAACUGAUACGAGAUCUUAUCCCGAAAUUGGAAGCAAUUAGAAAAAAGCAAGAUUCGGAGGAGCUUUUUGUCAAAAAGAUGCAAGAGACUGACGCACCUAUAAAUGAAAGAGCUCUGUCCUUUCAGGCAGAAUUGCGCGAUGCCAUUCGGGAAAAGCUCCCAGUGGACGAUGAUAGUGAUCAAGCAAUUCUAGAUCAGCAUGUUCAGCGCGUUUGGUCGGAUACACCAAAUCGUUCUCCAGGUACAAAAUCUCCGGAUCCAUUGGCGCUCCGUCGGCGUGGAUUUGAAAUAAAUCCCGGAUAUGGUAUAACACCACCGAUGAUGAUGAGUGAAGGAACACUCGGUGGGGGAAGUAGUCAGACGUCAAUGAGGCAUUCGCGAUCGAUGCCCGAACCGAGCUCUAGUCGCCGUUCUCUCAGCAAUAAGUGGCCAUCAAUGCACACCGACAGUGGCAUAAGUCUCUUUUCUGGGGAUUUAACAAUGAAAAAGGAGCAAAGUUCGCGUAAUUUCUCGCGUGUUAUGGGCAUAGAUUCGUCCACAAUGACCACGAGUCAAUUGGAAGAGGCACGAAGAAGACUCGAGGAUGAAAGUAGAAGAUCUCGAAGAUACUCACAACACCCGCCUGCAGGACAAUCAUCACAGCACCCAUCCACAUCACUCUCGUCCCAUCCGUCGCAUCAUCAUCUCAAAACUCAUGAUUACACAAUUGUUGUGUUUUCAUUUUGUGAUGAAGAAUUUCCAUAUAGGACGAAAAUACCCGGAUUGCAGCCCACUCUCAAGCAAUUCAAGGAGUAUCUGCCGAAGAAAGGAAACUUUAGAUUCUUUUUCAAGACUGCAUGCGAAGAUCCCGAUAAUCCAGUUAUUCAAGAGGAGAUUGUAUCUGAUUCAGAAGUCCUUCCACUUUUCGAUGGGAAAGUCAUGGGGCUGGUUAAGCCAUUUGAGUAGUGCUUAUAUGUCCAAGUGAAUAUAUUAGAGUUAAAAAGAAAAUCAAAAAAAAAUGAACGUUAUGUGUGUUUUACACAGAGGGAAAAAGAUAUCAGCAAAGCACAAAAUAAUUCAAAAAUUUAGUGUAAAAAUUGCAAGAAAAAAAAAUGAGUAGCAAUUUUUCUAUGGACUGCCUGCAAUAAAUGUAAUAGCAGUAGUGGAAAAAAGAAUAUUUUUUUUUAAUAUUGCAAAAUAUGGACUUUGCGAAAUAAUCUUAAUUUUUUUUUUAUAGAAAAAAAUCAAAUUAGAAAGUAAUUUAUUUUAUACAAGAUAUAAAAGUUGAGUUUCAGUGAGAAAAAAUCAAAAAAAAAAUUAAGAUCAUAAGGUUUUCGAUAAAAUGUCGUUUUUUGUAAAACGAUAAAAAAAUGAAUAAAAAGUGGAUAUUAGAAUGUAUAAUUUACGAAUAAUUGAAUUUGGAGAACGAAAAAAAAAUUUUGUGUCAUUUUCUUGCCCAAAAAAAAGUUAAAAUUUUGGCAGCUUAUCUCUUUUUUCUAAAAAUUUAAUGUAUAAUGUAUAAUUUUAUGUAAAAGUACCAGAUAAAGUGCCUUCUCUUAAAUACGACAAAAUGUUACAAAAUUAACAUUAAAAAAAAUUUAUACUUCAGAAAUGAAUUUAAGAAAAAAAAACAAAUAAUUGUAAAAUGAGAUAAAGUAAGAAAUUGUAGACAAAGGAGUUUAUCCGUUUUUGUAUGAGAAAACUCUGUAUCAGUUGGAAAAUGCUGCCAACGAUUUGCUUUUAAAAUACAAACAAUCACGUUACUAAUGUAAGACAAAAAACACAAUGGUGACGUCAUUGUUUGCUUUUUUAGGAAAAUCAAUGAAAAAUUGGAAAAUCUCUUUGAGAAUUUCUCAUUCAUUUGAGUGAGGGGUGUUUUCAUACAGAAACAAAUAAAAUCCUCUUGCAACCUUUUCAAAAUCAGUGAAAAAAAUGUAUGUUUUACUACUCAGUAUUAUUUUUAUGUUUUCUUCUGUAUAUAUAUUUUUAUAGUGAAAUGACUAAUCUACUAAAUUAUUCUGUUAGAAAAUUUGUAAAACCUGUAACUUGAGUGAGAGAAAAAAAGGAGAGAGAAAAUGUCUAUCCGAAACUAAUUUUAUUUUCAUGUAAUUCUCUAAAAUUUAGAGAAUUUCUCUUCUAACGUUGAUUCUUAAAAUUGUAAUUGAAGAAUACAUAUUGCAGAGCACCACUGUAGUAACUUUGAAUAAUAAAAGAAAAACAUUUAAAUUAAAGCUCAAAGACUCUCUAAUAGAACAUUUUCUCCCCCAAAUAAAUUAACAAAUUAAUGCUUAGUUUUUUUUUAAGAUGUACAUAAAGAUUUAUUAUGAUUUUUCAAUGUUGAUGCCAUUGAAAUAAUUUAAUUUGUAAAGUGAAUCAAAAACUAAACACCUUAUGUAGCAAUUUUAGGAUUUAGUUAGAACACUGUACUAUGAUAUUUCAAGAAAAAAAAAAGAAAAAGUUCAGAAAAUUAAAGGUAAAAGUCUGAUGAAAGGAAAA